UCAUUCAGUGGCUCUCAUAGUCUAAUGGCGAAGCCUCAGUUUUUUCUGUUUCUGCUACUCUUCCUCUUCCUCACGCACCAGUCCCUCCAACAGCAACAGCAGCAAAUCAGCGCCGCCGAUCUCGCUGCCCUCCACGAUAUCAGGAACAGUCUGAGAGAUCUCCCGCAUUCAGAUUUCUUCUCCACCUGGGACUUCGCUGCACCCAAUCCUUGCUCCACCUUCACCGGUCUCCUCUGCUCUCCCGACCCUUCCGCCACCGCCACUCCUCUCCUCCGGGUAACCUCCCUCACACUCGGCACCGGCCUGGCCGGCUCGCCCGGACUGGUCGGUUCACUCACUCCCGCUCUCUCCAACCUCACUGCUCUCACCCAGAUCGUCCUCUACUCCGGAUUUGUCUCUGGUUCAAUCCCUCCCCAACUCGGCACCUUAAAGAAUCUCCGAGUCAUAUCCUUAACCAACAACCGCUUGUCUGGUCCGAUUCCGUGCAGUCUCUCAACCCUCCCAAAUCUUCACACUCUCGAUCUUAGUGGUAACCAACUCGGCGGUCCGGUCCCGGCUAGUCUCACUCGGUUACCCUCGCUUAAGGUUCUGAUCCUGGCAUCCAACCAUCUCUCAGGCGAGUUGCCCAACGUGACGACUCAGCUUCUCCACCUGGAUUUGAAAAACAACCGUUUCUCGGGACUGCUUCCGUCAAUGCCGUUGUCCCUCCGUUAUCUCUCCUUGUGUAAAAACGAGAUGUGGGGCCCACUGAACGUACUAGUACGUCUCUCAGAGUUAGUGUACCUUGACCUGAGCAUGAACAGUUUCAGUGGAAGUAUCCCGGAGUCACUGUUUCGACCAACACUCUCAUCAUUGCUGCUCCAACGGAACAAUUUGUCUGGUGGGGUCCCCAGAACAUUGGCCGAUGAUGCAACAUUGUACGGUGAGGGAUCGAUCGUGGACUUGAGCCAUAACAUUUUAUCAGGGGAGUUAUCACCUGUUUUGGCAGGGGUUGAGAUUUUGUUCUUGAAUAGCAACCGUUUGAUCGGGAUCGUACCGGAUGAGUAUGUGCGGAGUGUGUCGGUGGGUAGCAUGAAAACACUAUACCUGCAACACAAUUACCUCUCCGGGUUCCCCUUAGAACCCGGGUCGCCACCAUUGCCGGACUCAGCUUCGCUUUGCCUGUCGUACAACUGUAUGGUGCCACCCAUCGGGACGAUGACCUGCCCGGCCAAUGCCGGUGGGUUGUUUUCGAGACCCGCGUAUCAGUGCCAGGCGAUCCACCGUGGUAAUGCCGAUUAA